GGCAGUCUCCCACUAGCCGACGCCGAGUAAGGUCCACGCUGCCACCUUUUCGUCAGUGUCACCCUCCCUCUCUCGAGAGAGAGAGACGAGUUCGAGAAAUUGAUAUCUAGUUUUGUACUCAAUUGGAAAAUUAGUCUCCUUGGAUCAAUGAGGCAGAAAGGAUGCGAGUGCUCUCACGCGUACGUAAAUCGCUGGCUCGUUUGAUGAUGUUCUUCAAAGGGACUUUUCUUGCAGUGACUGUCUUCUAAAAAGACUGUCCCGUGGGGAUCCUGCGAAGGAAAACGUUUCAAAGGAUUUACAUGAAAGGGAUCGGCCGGCAUCUUGCAAAAAACGUUUUUACGAUGAACAUUGUCUUUGCUGGGGAAAUUAAUUCCCUUGGAUGGACGGCCAAUUUUGCCAAGCUCUUCUUGUACUUCUCGUGGACUCUAUAAAAUGCAGAACUACUUAGCUACAUAUUUUUGUAUGAUAGAUGCAUUAGUUUUUUUAAAAUUAAUAAGUAACAUUAGUUUUUCCCAUUUAGGGAAAAAAAUUGACUUUAAUUGAUGACUAUCUGUAUAUCAUCUUAACUUUUGGAAAAAAAACAGCUAUGUGUUUCUGUAAUGAGGUCAAGUAGAUACUUGUGAAAAUGUACAGAUAUUUAAACAAUGUCAUCUAAUACAUUUUUUUUUUAUUAUCAUAGUUCAGAUAUGCUGUGAUAGGUACUGAAGUCCACGGAAAUAUUUAGCUUGUAGUAAACAGAUAAAUAGGUAGAAAGAGAAAGAGAGAGCAAUUAAAAUAGACAUACAGAGAGAGCGAGAAACAGAGACUUUAAAGCAUUUUAAGCAUAACAAAGAUAUUAUAAACAAUAAGAGUCAUCGUGAACUGAACAAAAUCAUAUAGACAGAAAACUGAAAUAUAAACCCAGAAAAAUCAGGAGAAACUUUAUGUAAAAUAAUAAUAAUAAUAUUUAAGCACCUCUGCCAAACACCAAACCGAGAAGACUUAGACAAGAGGCAAAUAAGAUAAAUAAGAGAUAAAAGAGAGACUGAAAAAAUUAGAGAAAGUAAUAGUUAAACAAUGGAGUCCUCCGAGACUCAAAGCGCGGGAAAUGGUUCAAAGAAGUCACCCGGAAUAAGAUUUCUUUUAUGAGUUGAUACUCUCUGUCUCUCUCCCCACCCACCUCCCUCCCUCCCCCAUCUCUCUCUCUCUCUCUCUCUCUCUUUGGCUUGGUGGUGGUUUGUGUGUUUGUGCGUGCCUUUGUGCGUGUUUCUGCGAUAGAAAAAAUAAUAUAAAUAGAAGAUCAAAGACGAGCCGAUAUGGAGGACAAAGUGAUACUGAUGAUCAUUGCUGCUACUCUCUGCCAUCUUGGGGGAUCGUCCUCGGAGGACAUCAGCGUCAGAGGCGCCCAGCGAGAAGACCAGACGGAAUGUCCAGGAGACACCACGGCCACCUUCUUCGAGGGCAUGACUGCUGAGCAGCAGAACAACACCGAGGUCGUGGCGCAGGUCGGGGGCACUGCCACCAUCAAGUGCUAUACCCACUUCCAGGGGGACGAGACGGUAACUUGGAUUAAAAAGGACGAGGAUCACUUGCUCACUGCUGGCGGACAGGUUUACUCAUCAGAGGCCAGAUACUCAGUCACACACGAGAGACAGAAAAAGCUGUGGGCUCUGUCAGUUCGGGAUGUGCGGAAAUCGGACGCUGGAUUGUACGAGUGUCAGCUGACCACACAUCCGCCAACUUCGCUCUUCUUCACCCUUAAUGUCGUAGAAGCCCGAGCCGUCAUCCAGGGAGGGCAGGAGGUACACGUCCACACGGGAGUCAAGUUGAAGCUGCACUGCAAGGUGGAAUUGGCCACCCAGCCUCCCCAGUACAUCUUCUGGUACCACAACAACACGAUGGUCAACUUCGAGCACAGUCGUCCGCUCAAGGUGGUCGGGGACGAGUUCAGCAGCACCCUGAUCAUCUCCAACCUCACCUGGGAGGAUGCUGGGUCAUACACCUGCGAAGCUCACAAAGCUCAUCCGGCUAAUAUCACCAUGCACGUCAUUGGAGAGGAAAAGCACGCAGCACUCCACAAGGACAACGGGGUGAGCGACGAGGCCUGCACCCUCACAUCCACCUAUGACGACGCCCUCAGAACCGCUCUGCUGGUCCUCUGGGCCACUUACACUUACGGGGAAAAUUUUAGGGGGUUCCUGCGACUCUGGAGUCUGCGGUGAUGUGUUACUCCCCCCUGAUCAAAAGAGAGAAUGGUGUUCUGUGUCGUCAGUCAAUACGAUCCCGUAUUGGACUGAUUUGUAAACAAUAACCGCUGGAAAGGUUUUUUUUUUUUCUUGCCUUUAAUGUAAAGAUGUCCCGAGGGAAACAGACCUAUACUAUACUAUACCGGAGAACUUACGUGCUCUGGGACGUAUUCAUGUGUAAAAGGAACAUCUCUCGUGCAGCAGAAAUAUAUAAUAUUAUAUAUAAAUAUAAUCUUUAUAUGGAAGACACCUCAGAAAACUUUAUACCUUAAUGCAUAAGAAUUCCCAGAAUUCGGACGAUUCCUAAUUUUGGAAGCACUAACAAAUCUGAUAAGAGUGUUGUAUUUUUUGUGUAUAUAUAAAAAAUAUAUAUAUCGGUCACCAAAAAAAAAAUAAAA